AUGAUUCAACAGUCAAUCUAUUUUCGAAAUUUUGUUCUCAUCACAUUUCUUAUUGUACUUACUUCUUGUCAAGACUACAACGAGUUAAUCGAAAAUGAAAAACAUCAUAAUACAGAUGGAAUGUUGACUGUACUUGAUCGUAUACAUCAGCGAUGUUCUGAUAUAACCCAUAUAUAUGAUUUACCAUUAAAAUCGGUUGAAAAUCGUCCAUUACGUGUUAUUGUUUUUUCUGAUCAUCCAAAAUAUCAUGAAUUACUUGAACCAGAAUUUAAAUAUGUUGGAAAUAUGCAUGGAAAUGAAGUUACUGGUCGAGAAUUGUUAUUGAGAUUAGCUGAAUAUCUUUGUCAAGAAUAUAGAAAUGAUAAUGAAGAAAUUAAAAAUUUAAUUGAAAAUACACGUAUACAUCUUUUGCCAUCAAUGAAUCCUGAUGGUUGGGAAGCUGCUGUUCAAUAUGCAUGGAAUCACACCAAAUCUGGACAAUUCAAAGAUAUUUCAACAAUGUUAAAAGAAUCUGGUACAACAGAUUGGAUAGCUGGUCGAUCAAAUGCAAAUAAUAUUGAUUUAAAUAGAAACUUUCCUAAUUUAGAUGAAUUUAUGUAUGAAUAUAAACAUAAUGCUAAUUAUAGAAAUAAUCAUCUUGACAUUGAAGCAUUUCUUUCAUUAGUAGUAGGAAAUGAUUGUCAAGAUAAUCCGUAUCAAAUUGAAACAUUAGCAGCUGCUUUUUGGAUUUUGAAAAAACCAUUUGUAUUAUCAGCUAAUUUACAUAAUGGUGCACUUGUUGCCAAUUAUCCAUAUGAUGAUUCAGAGAAUCAUCGACGAAUGUAUUCAUCAUCACCCGAUGAUCCAUUAUUUCAACUAUUAGCAGAAUCAUAUUCAUCUACUCAUAAAACAAUGCAAUCACAGCAAAAGUCUUGUGACACUGACGUUUUUCCUGAAGGAAUUACAAAUGGUGCAGCAUGGUACCCAGUAUGUGGUGGAAUGCAAGAUUUUAAUUAUUUAGCAAGUAAUUGUUUUGAAUUAACAUUUGAACUUGGUUGCAAAAAAUUUCCACCAGGCAAAGAAUUACCUUCACUGUGGAAUGAUAACAAGAAAUCACUAAUAAAUUUUAUGUGGCAGACUCAUUUGGGUAUUAAAGGACUUAUUCUAAAUGAAGAAGGUGAUAUGAUUUAUGAUGCAACUAUUAAAGUCAAUCGAUUGAUUAAUAACGAUUGGGAAUAUAUCGAUCAUGAUGUUACAUCAAACAUAGAAGGUGAUUAUUAUCGUUUACUUAUUGAUGGUACUUCUAUUAUUAAAACUCACGCAUUUUGUCCAAAUGAUGAAGAUCUUCAAUAUCAUCGAUGUACAUGUAGUUUAACACAUGGAUAUAUUCAAUGUUCAUCAUUACCUAAUAAAUGUCGUACAUGUUAUCGUUAUAAUACAAUAUUUUUUGAUGAAAAUGUUAAUAUACUACCAUCAGAGUCAUUUCGUUACUAUGACUUAUUUGAUUAUGAUAGUACGAAAACAUUUACGAUACAAUUUGCUCAAUUAACUGGUAUAUCCUCAAAUACAUUUUCGAAAAUUGAUAUUGAUCAAGAGCGAACUUUGUCAAUUAAAAUAUCUGAAUAUGCAUCACCAAGAAUACCAACAAGAAUAUUUGAUGAACUAUCAAUGCAACCAAAAUCUAAAAUUGAUAUUGAGAUAUUCAAUGUAACAUCAUCAUUAUUAACAGUAGAACAGUAUGCAUUUGAUGGUAUUAAAUAUAGUUAUGAAAGCGAAUUUCGUUUUUCAAUACUUUGUUUGAAAGAUACACUAGAAUUUCAAUCAAAUGCAGGUUCGAUUUUAUUACCGUCUUAUGCAAAAAUGGAAUACUAUUUUUCAAAUUUUGUUCGAGUUUUAUUAAAUGAACAUAGUUUUGAUCAUAUAACACAAGAACAUUCAAGUAAAUUACGAAUACAUUUUGAUCGUUUUCAAUACGCAAUACUUGAUCAUACAUCUUUUUUUGAUCUUCAUCAACUUGAUCAAUCCCAAUUUUAUUUAACAUUUUCAAAUUUUCAAAAUAUAAAUAUCGAAAAAACUUUAUUCCAUACAAUUACUCAAUUAAAAUCUUCAAUAAUAUUUUCAAUAUAUAAUAUAACAAAUGAUUUAUGUUUACCUGCUGAAACAUUUAGUCAAAUAAAACAAGAUAUAAAUUCAACAUUUCAAUUUGAAAUAAAUUAUGGACAAAAUAUUCUUUUUACACCAAAUACAUUUAUUAAUAUAAGUCAACGUGCACAAUCAAAAUUAUCAAUUAUAAUAACAAAUUCUUUAGAUGUUUAUUUUACUCAUCAAUCAUUAAAUUAUUUCCACCAAGAAGAUCAAUCAUUACUUGAUAUUUGGAUAAAAUAUGGAAAAAAUUUAAUAUUUGAAGAUAAUGCUAUUCAAAAUAUUGAUAUAUGGCGUUCAAGUAUAAUGCGUAUUGGUUUUCAACAUUCAUAUGGAACAUUACAAAUGGCAACAAAUGCUUUUGUUAAUAUUAAUGAAGGUCAAGGUGGUAAAAUAUUAUUUCAAAUAAUGAAUUCAACAGAUUUCUAUUUUCGUUUUAAUCAAUCAAUAACAUUAGAACAUUUAGAAAUUCUUGAUCGAAUAUUAAAUGAUAAUGAUUUAUGUCGAAUUAUUGAUAUACCAGCACAUAUACCAAUUAAACUUUUACCAAAUAAUCUAUGUUCAUGUUCAGUUUUUUAUUUAUAUCGUCGUCUUCGUCAUACACUUAAUCCAUUAAUUUUGAAAGAGAUUACACCAUUAUGUUAUUUUAAUAUGUCUCUUGAUGAAAUAGAACAUGAAGAAAAUAAAUGUUUAUUUAAUAAAGAAAUUCAUAAUUGUCAUCAAAUGCAAGGAGAAAUAAAUAUUUAUAUUCCGAAGGGAAUGUGUCAACAAAAUUCACAAUUAAUUCAUAAUAAGCAUCAUAAUUUAUCGUAUCUAUCUUUAAUAUUUAUUAUUAUAUGUUUUAUAGUUGGUUUAGGAUGUAUUUAUAUACUUUCAGCAUAUAAACGACGAUUAUUAAUAAUAAAUAUUUUCAAUAAAUUUUCUUUUUGUCGUCGUCGUCGUCGUCAUCAAAGAUUACCAAUAUUUACAGCGGAUUCAUAUCAACAAUUAACACAUAUGAAUGAUAAUAGUCCUGAUGAUGAUAUAAAUCAAGAACAAACAACAAAUAAAAUAAUGAAAAUUAUUGUCAAAUAUAAUUCUACAACAGAACAAACACAACCAUAUAUUCAUAAUAAUCAAUCUGAUUUUAUUUCAUCAAAUAAUAUUGAUGAUCAACUAAAUGAAGAUAUCACACUUACAUUGAAUACAAAUCCAUUAAAUGACAUUGAACAUAAUCAGUAG